UUGACUGUGAGGGUGUUGACCUCUGUCGACAUGGAAAACUUUGUAUCAUGCAGAUUGCAUUCUCUAAUGCAAUAUACUUGGUUGAUGUCAUCGAAGGUGGCGAGGUGCUUAUGAAAGCCUGUAAGCCUGCACUCGAGUCUAAUUACAUCACAAAAGUUAUUCAUGAUUGCAAACGUGACAGUGAGGCCUUAUACUUUCAGUUUGGGAUAAGGUUGCACAAUGUUGUGGACACUCAGAUUGCUUAUUCUCUGAUAGAAGAGCAAGAAGGCAGGAGAAGACCUCUAGAUGAUUACAUAUCGUUUGUUUCACUCCUUGCUGAUCCACGUUACUGCGCUGAGCAAAUGUUUAUGCAAGUUCGACCUUAUCUAUAGAGCCUGCUUUAUGGA